GCAGGCUCCGUGGAGAAAACCCACAGCUCUUAGCCAGAGCUGUGAGGGGCUGGCAGGGGCAGGUAGAACCCCCAGCCUCCAGCUGGGGUGAGCGGCCUCCGGUCGGGGGCUCUGAUGGCCACCCUGCCCUGUUUGGUGGCUUCUGCCAGUUUUCCAGGGAAGUGGAGGCCGCGGGUUAUCUGCCCCAAGGAGGCCAGAAGGGGCAGCAGAGGCUCUGGAGGGCAGGCCAGCCAGGGUCCCUGGGCAUGACGGGCAGAGGGGGCCGCCCCUGUGUGACUCUGACAGGACAUCCCUUUCUGAGGCCUGCUCUGGACUGGGAACUGGACCAGGCUUGGGGACGACAGGGAACAGAACCACUACAGACAUGCAUGGCCCGGGCGGGCUGUGGAGGGCAGCUGCGGGCUGAGCCUCCUGACUCAGGCCGCGCGGGGCGGGGAGCCGGGAGGCGGCGUCGCGCCCGCCUCGGCCCAGGAGGCGGCACCAGGAAGCGCCCGCCCCGGCCGGAGCCGCCAUGUAACCGGCGCCGCCCGGAGCCCGAGCCGCGCGGGCCCCAGCGACCCGCCCGCCAUGGGGGACGAGGACGAGGAGGAGAGCUGCGCGGUGGAGCUGCGGAUCACCGAAGCCAACUUGACCGGGCACGAGGAGAAGGUGAGCGUGGAGAACUUCGAGCUGCUCAAGGUGCUGGGCACGGGAGCCUACGGGAAGGUGUUCCUGGUGCGGAAGGCGGGCGGGCACGACGUGGGGAAGCUGUACGCCAUGAAGGUGCUGCGCAAGGCGGCGCUGGUGCAGCGCGCCAAGACGCAGGAGCACACGCGCACGGAGCGCUCCGUGCUGGAGCUGGUGCGGCAGGCGCCGUUCCUGGUCACCCUGCACUACGCCUUCCAGACUGAUGCCAAGCUGCACCUCAUCUUGGACUAUGUGAACGGAGGCGAGAUGUUCACCCAUCUCUACCAGCGCCAGUACUUCAAGGAGGCUGAGGUGCGCGUGUAUGGGGGCGAGAUCGUGCUGGCCUUGGAAUACCUGCACAAGCUGGGCAUCAUCUACCGAGACCUGAAGCUAGAGAAUGUGCUGCUCGACUCCGAGGGCCACAUCGUCCUCACGGACUUCGGGCUUAGCAAGGAGUUCCUGACGGAGGAGAAAGAACGGACCUUCUCCUUCUGUGGCACCAUUGAGUACAUGGCCCCUGAAAUCAUCCGCAGCAAGUCGGGGCAUGGCAAGUCUGUGGACUGGUGGAGCCUGGGUAUCCUGCUCUUCGAGCUGUUGACGGGGGCCUCGCCCUUCACGCUGGAGGGCGAGAGGAACACGCAGGCUGAGGUGUCCCGACGGAUCCUGAAGUGCUCCCCUCCCUUCCCCCCCCGGAUUGGGCCCGUGGCGCAGGACCUGCUGCAGCGGCUGCUUUGCAAGGACCCCAAGAAGCGACUGGGUGCGGGGCCCCAGAGGGCACAGGAAGUCAAGAACCACCCCUUCUUCCAGGGUCUCGAUUGGGCUGCUCUGGCUGCCAGGAAGAUUCCAGCCCCCUUCCGACCCCAGAUCCGCUCAGAACUGGAUGUGGGCAACUUUGCAGACGAAUUUACCCGGCUGGAGCCCGUCUACUCGCCACCUGGCAGCCCCCCAUCUGGGGACCCCCGCAUCUUCCAGGGAUACUCCUUCGUGGCGCCGUCCAUCCUGUUUGACCAUAACAACGCCGUGAUGACCGACGUGCUGGAAGCGCCUGGUGCUGGCGACCGGCCGGGCCGGGCGGCGGUGGCUAGGAGCGCCAUGAUGCAGGACUCGCCCUUCUUCCAGCAGUACGAACUGGAUCUGCGGGAGCCCGCGCUGGGCCAGGGCAGCUUCUCCGUGUGUCGCCGCUGCCGCCAGCGCCAGAGCGGCCAGGAGUUCGCGGUCAAGAUCCUCAGCCGCAGGCUGGAGGCGAACACGCAGCGCGAAGUGGCCGCCCUGCGGCAGUGCCAGUCGCACCCCAAUGUGGUGAAGUUGCACGAGGUGCAUCACGACCAGCUGCACACGUACCUAAUCCUGGAGCUACUGCGGGGCGGGGAGCUGCUGGAGCAUAUCCGCAAGAAGCGGCACUUCAGCGAGUCGGAGGCGAGCCAGAUCCUGCGCAGCCUCGUGUCGGCCGUGAGCUUCAUGCACGAGGAGGCGGGCGUGGUGCACCGCGACCUCAAGCCCGAGAACAUCCUGUACGCCGACGAGACGCCCGGGGCCCCGGUGAAGAUCAUCGACUUCGGGUUCGCACGGCUGCGGCCGCAGAGCCCCGCGGGGCCCAUGCAGACGCCCUGCUUCACGCUGCAGUACGCGGCCCCCGAGCUGCUGGCGCAGCAGGGCUACGACGAGUCCUGCGACCUCUGGAGCCUCGGCGUCAUCCUGUACAUGAUGCUGUCGGGGCAGGUCCCCUUCCAGGGGGCCUCUGGCCAGGGCGGGCAGAGCCAGGCGGCCGAGAUCAUGUGCAAGAUCCGCGAGGGGCGCUUCUCCCUCGACGGGGAGGCCUGGCAGGGCGUGUCCGAGGAGGCCAAGGAGCUGGUCCGAGGGCUCCUGACCGUGGACCCCGCCAAGCGACUGAAGCUGGAGGGGCUGCGGGGCAGCUCGUGGCUGCAGGACGGCAGCGCGCGCUCCUCGCCCCCGCUCCGGACGCCCGACGUGCUCGAGUCCUCCGGGCAGGCGGUGCGCUCGGGCCUCAACGCCACCUUCAUGGCGUUCAACCGGGGCAAGCGCGAGGGCUUCUUCCUGAAGAGCGUGGAGAACGCGCCCCUGGCCAAGCGGCGGAAGCAGAAGCUGCGGAGCGCAUCCACCUCCCGUCGCGGCUCCCCGGCUCCCUCUGCCCCUGGCCGGGCCCCCGCCGCCAAGGGAACCCCUCGCCGCCCCAACGGCCCCUUGCCCCCCUCCUAGCCCCUGCCCCUGUGACCUCCCCCGUUCCCUCUCCGGAGCAGCGACCUGGGAGCCAGCUCACUGUCCUCAAGCCUCGGCUAGCAGCGCGGCCCUGUCCCCCAGGGACUGCCCUUCCGUCGCCCCACCCCAGCUCCCUGACAGAG